AGAAGAAUCUGUUUUGGGUAGCAUCCCGCUACCUAGCUACAACAUUCUAUUCUGCACACCGCGAGAGUGCAAGAACAGAAAAAAUUCUUUCAAAGUGGUGCACAAGGGAAUGCGCUCCUACUUCUUCAGUGCAGACACUCAGGAGGACAUGCUGGGCUGGGUCAGAGCACUCAGUCAGUCUGCCUGUAUGGAAUCAGACAACUCCAUCAACAGGCGUUGCUCGAGUUAUCAGGACUUCAUGCAGAUAGGUGGCAGCAGUGAGUCUGUUGAUCUCCCUCAUUCCCCCUCUCUCCGAGAUGGUCUCUCCCAAAAUGCGGCACACACCAACCGAUCACAGAGAGAACCAAAUCAGGUCACCGGGGGGAGAAUAGAGACACCACAUUCCGAACCGAGAGGGAGGCGGAGCAUGCAACAAAGCCCAUCGCCCAAAACAUCCAGCCCAAUAGAGUUUAGCAGCAGAAGGAGAGACCGGACAGACGAGGAUCCCCUUCCCUUCCAUUCUGGUCUUAACACACCACCAAAGCCCAUAGAAUUUAUUGGGACAUGUUCUUUAGCCGCCAGAGGUCAAUUGGGGUCGCGACCCCACACACCAGUGGGCCGGGUUGACAUUCGCCCCCAGGAUGAUCCUCCCGUUAUGCCAGAGACCCAUUACGCCCCUGCGUCUCCCAAGCUGGAGUUUAAGUCCGCCCCCCACACUCCAGGGACUGAGAGAUGGCAAACAAUCAACAGUCCCACGCCUGUAUACUCCUCCCUCCACCAUAUUUCAAGUGGACGAAAAGCUUUAGGAAAGCCUGCCAAGUCUGAGCUGUUCAAAGACAGAGAGACUCCACCACACAUCAGACCUCUUGAGAGUGGAGCAGAUGCUGUGCUGACUAGACUGUGUGGGUGCGACAAGCUUCUCCAGUCUCUUUCUCUAGAGCUGGCCCAGCUACAAGUUGACAAGUACAGUGUCCAGCGCGCCUUAGAGAUGACCAGGCUGCAACUGGAUGAGUGGAGGAGCGAAGGACUCAAAGGACAGGAAGGAGCGCUCACCCAGAAGGCUUUGCUCCAGGAAGAACUGGUCACUAUCCGAGCAAGGAUGUGUGACGUCUCAUUGGAAAUGGAGAGAUUGUGGAGCCAGUAUGAGAGGAUGGAGAGUGAGCUGUCUGUGUUCCGCUCACACCUCCAGCACGUCUGUAAUUUCGGGAUGCCACAGGAGCAGUCCCAGGCCCAGAGAGAGCUGUGGAUGAUGGAGGACAUCCUCUCUGGACUCAGGGUAAACAGGGAUCACUUCCGAGUCCUGCUGGGCUUGCAGAGGCACACAGCUCCCAAAGGAGUAUUCCAGAAGUCAUCCUCCCACCCGGGGACACCUGGAUCUUCAACAGAGAGGAUGCCGAGUGGAUUGCCAAUGGGAGUUGAAUCAGAGCCUCCGACCCGCCCCCCUUUACCUCAGGAGCUCCAAGACACCAAUCAGGGAAGAGACCAGGGGCAUGUGUGGAUAGAUCCGAACUAUGAGGGCAUCUACAGUGACCCAGUAUAUCCACUGGACAGAAGAGGAAACAGACAGUCUGAUACCCACGGUGACAGAACACAGAGAGAGACAUCAGAAUCUCAGUCUAGUUCAAGAUGGUCCAUACCAGAUCCCACAAAUAAGAAGGGGAGGAUGAGUGAAGAGGAGCAGAUAGAGAGGAUGAGGAGACAUCAGGAAAGGCUAGUCAGUCGGAGGAAACCGCCAAUUCCCGAUCUCACGACCCAAACCCAGUGUCAAAGUUCAGAUCCGAAAGAAGAGGCCCACUUUGCUGUGAGGGUGACGAGAGUCGUCAAAGCCAUCUUACCGUCCUCUCUGAUUGCCCAACGCGUUUCUGUGGAGGAACCACUUCUUGAGAUGAGCCAGGAGCAGCUGCCAGCCCAACGGUUGGCUAAGGCUCUACAGGAGCUAGAUUCAGAGAGGCAGGAGCAAAACUCCAAUGGGCUCAAUGCAACCAGGGCCCAGAAGAGCCACAAUGUCACCACCAAGUCCUCCAGAGACGACUCCUGGACAGAGGCGGAGACUGCUGCGGAGGCCCUGAAGCUCCAUCAGAGUUGUGACUGGGCCGUUGUGGGAAAUGGUGGUGUGGCCUCUGUUCCCCGGGUAAGAGAGGAGGAUGGGGGUCAUGACUCUACAAGAAAAGUGUUGGGAGGAGGUCAUAAGGAGGAACAGAAGGUUGAGGGAUGUGCUACUCUCCUAACCUCUGCCCCGGACCCUGAUCUUUGCCUCACCCCUGAGCAGAGAGAGGCCAAGCAGAGACGUGUAGAGAGGAUCAGGGAGAGAGUCAUCCAGAGUGCAGUCAGAGAGAGUGCCGUGGCGCCCGGCCGUCCACUGACCAGGGGGGUGAAACAGGAGCUCCACAACACCCCUUCUACACAGACCUAUGACAAGGCCAGAAAUAGCAGGGAGAUGUCAGUUUCUGGACCUUAUGAGGAUGUGUGCGGAGGCUGGUGCCGUUGUGACGGAGCUGUUCUUCGUAGGUACAGAACAGUAGAACCUCCCACCCCUGGAGAGACACUACUUUAUGCAGAUGAGGGAAAGGGACAUACGAAAGGCCAUGAGGGUCAUAUUGGGAACAAAACACAACACAAUGGUCACAGUGACAGAAAGGGUAUCAUGAAACAUAAAAAAGAAAAGAAACCAUCCACUUCCUCCAAACAGAUAUCCUCGAUGACUGUAUACCAGACCGAUGGAGGCCAGCGAUUCAAGAGGAGGUGCGAGGAGGAAGAACAAGAGGAACUCUCAAUCGAUCAUGGUGAAAGCAGUUCUCUGUCCACCAAUCAGAGAGCAGAAUGGUUCCUCUCAACCAAUCAGUGGCGAGAAUUCAUACCUUUACAAGACCACGGAAUAGAGUCAUUAUGCCAUGAGGAAACCUUGAAUUUGGACAAUGAUCCAACAUCUCAUGAUGCAGGAACUGAUUCCAAUGGCGCCACAUUUUCUAUCAGUGAAAGUUUAGAGAAAAUGUUGGAGAAUCAUUCCCUCUUCUAUAGAAUCACAAGUGACAUCAAUCUAUCAGACACGGACAUUACAAUGACUGAUGGACAAUCAGUUUCCGAUCAGGAAGAAAAGAUGGAGGGGGCAACCAGUGAGAUUUCAAGAGCAGAUGAAGUGACCUAUAGUGUGGUAAGACCAACAGACCAACAAAUUGAAGGUUGCCACCCUUCAGAAUCCUCCACAAGUCAUGAUACAGCCACAGACAAUAGUGGAGACAUCACUACAACCAAUGAGCAGCAAGACUCAACAUCUAUGGACCUGAACGCACAACUAACACUAUCUGGUAAUCAAACAUCAUGUGCCUCAACCAAACCAGCACAUGACCUAUGCAUCUAUGAAGAGAUACCGGACAAUGACGCCUUGUCCAAAGCAACAGAGGAACCCAGUCAAGAGAGUCAAUGGAAAAUGAAGAAAAGUCAGGAAUCGAGAAAACCUAAUCCCGAAUCGUCGGGUAAUCCUGAAUCAGAACAGGCUCCCUCUAUGGAUACAUGUGGAAAGUCGAAAACAGGAGAAGGAAAUUGUGGAAUAGUUGAGACAGUAGAUAUGAAGGUAGAACAGGAGGGAACUGCAGUGUUGAAAGUGGGCAAUAGCAGUUUAGGUGGAGAGAGGGAAGAGGCGGUCCAAAAAAGAGGUAGCCUAUCCAAAACCAAUUCUUUAGGCCUAUACGAGGGUGAAAGCGCGGAUCGAAGUGCCUCGUUUGGAAGAGGGAGAGUAACAGUACUGCGGACAAGUUUAUAGAGGGAUCACAAAAAUGGAGAAUGACAAAAAAGAUGUAGUACAAUAGAGACUGGAGUAGUGAGGAGGAUGGGGGGGGUAAAGUAUCGAAAGUUAUUUUUUAUGUCAUAUCCUGGAAAAAUCGAUGAACAUAAAAUAAAUCUAUGAUCAGGAUAUGCUACCAACAGAAAAUAACAUACAUGGAAUUCACCAUAAAAUCUGUAUAUACGUAUAUAUUGUGAUCGUAUGUAGUAUGAAUACAAUUUAAGGCAAUAAACUAAUCUACAUGUCAAAAGUCCAAGGUUUCACAGUCAUUCCACCCAGUUUACAUAUCUAACACUGAGCAAAUACACGCGUAUCACAGUUGGAUGGGGGUUCAUUGUUCACCAAUCACUUAUUGUUAUUCUCACUGUAUAACAUGAAUGGUGCUUGUGUUUUGUAUCUCAAAUGUCUUAAUUAAUAAACAUGUCUGGCAUUACCA